AUGGACUACAUGCUGAUAAUUGUGGAAGCUGGAGGCUUGCAGGUGUCCAGCUGUCCAUCUGUAGUAGACACAUGGCGGUCUCAGGAGCUACCAGCCCUUCUACAAGCCGGGGGACACCAACACUGGCCAAUCAAGCGCCACUCAUCUGGGUUCAGAGAAGCUCAGAGAGCACACCAGGCCACCAACCGUGGCCUGUGCAGCUACGGCUGCCCACACAUGAGGACACGCAGUAAGGGUGCGCAUUUGACACAGGGUUCCCAUGGAAAUACCUUCUCAAACCUGGAGCGGGGUAAGAAUGUGGCAGCUCUGGGCCCCUCCUGGGGCAGGGCGGGGCGGCGGCGACCGCGUCCGGAGGAGGGAGCCGCCCAGACCGAGCCCGGGGGCGGACGAAGAGCGGGCGUGGUGGGCGCCUGCGGGCUCCGGCUAGCGGUGUGGGGCCGUGGGGACGUCGCUCGGAGGGAGGAGAGCCCCGGCGGCCCCGGGCAGUGGCCGGGAAGGGGGACUCAGCCCACGUGUGCGGCGCCCGACGGCCUCUCCCCGCGCGCCCGCGCCCCUUUGUGUCUGGCGUGUUACGCGCGGGCGCUCCUGCUGCCGCGCCCGGGAGAGGCGUCCGGCGCCCUGGGCCCUUUCCAAGCCCAACAGCGGCCCCGCGCUGACCCACUUUCCCUCCCGCCUCCUCCGCCCGAGGCCGAGAAUCCAGCGGCCGCCGCCAAGCAGGCAGCCAUUGUUCCUGAGUACGUGUGGACGGUUCUGGACACAUCCCGCCAUGCACGGAUGCGCGUUAACAUGCUUUGUAGAGAAGAAAUGGGGUCAUGAUGUUAUAAACUGAGCUAAUUGGUAAUGAGUAUUCAUCAAAUGCCAAGCUCUUGGUCUGAGCACUUUGCGUAUAUUAAUUUAAUCCUCACAAACCUUAAAUAGUAAGGUUUGUUACUACGACUCAUUUUUGAUGAGGAGUCUGUGGCACAGAGAGGUUAAGUAGCCUAGUGAGUCCUGGAGUCAAGAUCUGAGCCUGGCUCCGGAGCUCGUGAGGUAACAACGAGGCCUCCCAGUUUUCCAUGCGUAUUGUUCCACGAAUUGCUGUUUCCACUAAGAAUAUGUUCUUUUCUGCCAGCAAUGGAAGAUUCCUAGAAGAGGGACUGCUGGCUCUCAGGUUUCUAGAGACCUUGGUAAACCCUCCAUACCGUGGGGACCUUACACCGGCCUGCUGGGUCAAGCUCGUUACUGGACCUCUAUCCCCACCCAGCCCCCAGAAAAGUAGCUGGGAUUCCAGGCAUCUGCCGCCCCUUCAGGUCAUGGAGUGAGGAAGAGGGAAACCUCAACAGGCCCAUGUGGCCCUGGUAAUGGGCACAGUGACAUUUGGGCAGAGAACCCCAGGGCCCUGCAUAUGCAGACCUGGGAGCAGCAGAGGAUGCCCAGUGGGGCUGCUAGUGGCAUUGCCUGGCCAUGGCUCUGUCCAGCUGUGGCAUAUCCCAUGGCCAUGCCCAAUGGGGGCUGCUGGUGGCAUUGCCUGGCCAUGGCUCUGUCCAGCUGUGGCAUCAUAUCCCAUGGCCAUGCCCAAUGGGGGUGCUAGUGGCAUUGCCUGGCCAUGGCUCUGUCCAGCUGUGGCAUCAUAUCCCAUGGCCAAAGUGUCCAAGCAAGCCUGCUUCUGCCAUUGACCUAGGGAGGGCUCUUGACGCCUGCUUAUUUUCCAAGCCUGUUCCCCCUGCAUCUUCAAGAUUCUGAGUGCCCUCCAAAAUAAGAUCUUUUUCUGUAGUUGUUGCUGUGGGUAAAGAACCCUCCUGUCUGAUUGCAAACUUCUAAUUUUUGACAAUCUGAUAAGCAAAAAAAAAGGGGGGGGCAAAUUAUUUCAUGGAUUUAGUUUCAUUUCCUUUUUAGUAGGGAGGUUGGGUGGAGACUCCUUGCUUUAAAUAAAGUCCAUUCUUGGCCAGACACAGUGGCUCACGCCUGUAAUCCCAGCACUUUGGGAGGCUGAGGUGGGAAGAUCCCUUGAGCUCAAGAGUUCAAGACCAACCUAGGCAACAUAGCAAGACCUCAUCUCUACUAAAGGAAAAAAAAAGGAAAAAGCAAUCCAUUUUUAUUUUCUUCCAGCUCAACAGAUCUGUGGCUGGGCAGCAGCUGCUGAGCUUGACCACAUUUCCAGCCUGCUUUGCAGACAGGCUUGUCCACAGGACCAAGUUCUCAGCUACAGAGUAAGAGGAGGCCUGUGAUAGGAACCUCUUCUGGGUCUCCAAGCUGCUUAGAAUCAGGCUGUGGCAGUGCCCUAGGGGAGGCGAGCAGCAGGAGAGAGAAGGGACCUGGGGCUCUGGGGGACCUUCAGGAACAGGGGCGCUGCUCAGCUGAGACCCAUAACCUGAGAAAGAAACGGUGAUGGCUCAUUUUAUGUGUUAAAUAUGUGGCCACAUCGCUCCGAUAUUUGAUUAGACACUAUUCUAGAUGUUUUUGUGAAGGUUAUUGACUGAUUGAUUUAGAGACAGCGUCUCACUCCGUUGCUCAGGCUGAAGUGCAGUGGCACGAUCUUGGGUCACUUAAACCUCCGCCUCCCGGGUUCAAGCAAUUCUUGUGCUUCAGCCUCCUGAGUAGCUGGGAUUACAAGCACCUGCCACCACACCAGGCUAACUUUCGUAUUUUUUUUUUUUUUUUUUUUUUGAGACGGAGUUUUGCUCUUGUUACCCAGGCUGGAGAGCAAUGGCGCGAUCUCGGCUCACCGCAACCUCCUCCUGGGUUCAGGCAAUUCUCCUGCCUCAGCCUCCUGAGUAGCUGGGAUUACAGGCACGCGCCACCAUGCCCAGCUAAUUUUUUGUAUUUUUAGUAGAGACGGGGUUUCACCAUGUUGACCUGGAUGGUCUCAAUCUCUUGACCUCGUGAUCCAGCCGCCUCAGCCUCCCAAAGUGCUGGGAUUACAGGCUUGAGCCACCGCGCCCGGCCCAACUUUUGUAUUUUUAGUAGAGACUGGGGUUUCACCAUGUGGGCCAGGCUUGUCUCGAGCUCCUGUCCUCAAGCUAUCCGUCUGCCUUGACCUCCUAAAGUGCUGGGGUUAGUGAGCCACCACACCCGGCAAACGUAUUUUUAAGAUAAAAUUAACAUUUAAAUCAGAAGACUUUGAGUAAAGCAGAUUACUUGCCACCAUGUGGGCAGACCUCAUCCCAUCCGUUGAAGUCCUUAAGAGAAAGGAGACUGACCUGCUCGGAGCGAGGAGGAAUUCUGCCGGCAUCUUGUGAACUCCAACUUGCAAUAUUGGUCUCCAGCCUACUGGCUUACUCUGCAGAUUCUGGAUUCACCAAACCUCCACAAUCGCACAGUGCUUAAAAUAAGACCCUUAAAAUAGUUCCCUAAAAUAAAUUCUUCAAAAUUCCUUAAAAUAAAUGUGUGCGGCUGUGUGUGUGUGUAUAUCCUAUGUAAUGUCUGAUAUAGAUAUAUAUGUUAGGUAAACAAAUAUACACAUUUGUUUAUCACAUACAUGUGUGUGUAUUUCUCCUCUUGGUCCUGUUGCCUGGAGAACCUGACUAAUACAGAAACAGAUCUGUUGAUUCUUCUAGCCCCUGUAUCACCUGGUCUCUUUGUUAGAGCAGGUGAGCCUCACUCUAAUCAGAGGUUGAUUCAUUUCCAUGCCUGUAGCUGCUGCUUGUUUAGCUUCUAUUACCUGCCUGUAUUUUAAGGUUCUUUGUCUUCAUCUGACUCCAGGAAUUGUAUAUAUUAAGCAUAUUGAACUUUUGCCUAUUAUAUAUGUUGAAAGCAU